UUAGUGGCAUCGCUUGCUUUGUUUUGAUUCUAGUGUCAUCGCAUAUAAACAAACGUCAUUUAAAAAUUGUUCAAUCAAAAAAUGAACGCCAAAAAAAUAUCUUGCUAAAUUGAAAAGUUUGAUAAAAAUUUCAAAAAUACCGCAUAGUCUGAGAAUGUCCAAUGAAAAGAAGAUAGUUACCACAGCUGGACCGCCAUCAGCGCCCGUUGCCCUCAAUGGCGCUGCAGCCAGUGGCUUCAAUCAUCGCCCACCGCCUCCUUCCUACGAAGAGAGCCAGCGCAUGUAUGUAGCAGCUGCUGCUAAUCGGGUGGCACCAAACCAUAUGCCUAAUUCAUACAUGCCAACAUACAAUUAUAAUGCUCAGCAACAUCAAAUGCAGACGCCCAAUUAUUCAGCACACUAUGCUGCGCCACCACCACAGUACUACCAACAUCAUUAUGUGACUGCAACUGCUCCGGCUACGUUCAACACAACACAAGCAGUAAAAGAGCCUCAUGUAUUAUCGUUAGCUGCGGGCGCUAAGAUACGAACGACUGCAACCGGAGCAGUAAGCAUACCGCCACCACCACCAGGUUACGCACCGACUGCGGCCCAAUAUGCCGCCAUGCAAGGACAACCUGUCGUUUUGAAGAAAACAAAGCGGUCGUUCUUCUAAGGGGAAAUCCAAACAUAUAUAUAUAUAUAUAUAUAUAUGUAUAAACAUUAUAUAGACAUUGUGGACAGAGGAAAAAAGCUAUAGUCUUGUGUAUUAAUGGAGUAUUUCGAUUUAAUUAUUGAAUUAU